CCCAAUUUGCGUGGUCGCCAAGAAGCCAAGCAUGAGCGCCAGCGCCUUCUCGAACCAGGCCUUCAAGGUCAACAGCAAGGACGUCGUCUACUCGGCCGAGGCCAUCACGACCAACUACACGUACGCGACGACCCACUUUGAGAACAACGUGGCGACGCCCGUCUCGGAGGAGUACGUCAUCACGACGUCGACCAAGGUGCCCAAGCUCGGCGUCAUGAUCGUCGGCCUCGGCGGCAACAACGGCUCGACGCUCGUCGCCGGCGUGCUCGCCAACAAGCUCGGCCUGACGUGGACGGACAAGGAUGGCCUCCACAAGGCCGACUACUUUGGUUCGGUCACGCAGUCGUCGACGGUGCGCCUCGGUACCAACAACAAGGGCGAGGGUGUUUACGUGCCCUUCAAGAACAUGCUGCCGAUGGUCAACCCCAACGACUUUGUCAUUGGCGGCUGGGAUAUCUCGGGCCACAACCUCGCGGAUGCCAUGGUGCGCGCCAAGGUCCUCGACUAUGACCUCCAGCGCCAGCUCAUCCCGCACAUGGAGAAGAUCAAGCCGCUCCCGUCCAUCUACUACCCGGACUUUAUCGCGGCCAACCAGGCCGACCGCGCCGACAACGUCCUCCAGGGCUCCAAGCAGGACAACCUCGAGACGAUCCGCUCGCACAUCCGUGAGUUCAAGAAGUCGAACGGCUGCGACAAGGUCAUUGUCUUGUGGUCGGCCAACACGGAGCGCUUCUCGGACAUUGUCGAGGGCGUCAACGACUCGGCCGAGAACAUCCUUGAGGCCAUCAAGGCCGGCGAGGACGAGGUUUCGCCCUCGAGCGUGUUUGCCAUUGCGUCGAUCCUUGAAGGCGCCUCGUACAUCAACGGCAGCCCCCAGAACACGUUCGUUCCGGGUGUCGUCGAGCUUGCCGAGAAGCACAAGGUGUUUAUUGGCGGUGACGACUUCAAGUCGGGCCAAACCAAGAUGAAGUCGGUCCUCGUCGACUUCCUCGUUGGCGCCGGUAUCAAGCCCGUCUCGAUUGUCAGCUACAACCAUCUCGGCAACAACGACGGCAAGAACUUGUCGGCGCCGCAGCAGUUCCGCUCCAAGGAGAUCUCCAAGUCGAACGUCGUCGAUGACAUGGUCGACUCGAACCGUAUCCUCUUCAACGAGGGCGAGCACCCGGACCACUGCGUCGUCAUCAAGUACGUCCCGUUCGUCGGCGACUCGAAGCGUGCGAUGGACGAGUACACGAGCAAGAUCUUCCUCAACGGCACCAACACGAUUGUCAUGCACAACACGUGCGAAGACUCGCUUCUCGCGACGCCGCUCAUCCUCGAUCUCGUCAUCAUUUGCGAGCUCGCGGAGCGUAUCCAGAUCCAGAAGAAGGGUGCCGCCGAGGCCGAGCGCUUCCAUUCGGUGCUCUCGAUCCUCAGCUACAUGCUCAAGGCGCCGCUGGUGCCCAAGGGCACGCCGAUCGUGAACGCGCUCUUUGCCCAGCGCGAGUGCAUCAUCAACAUCCUCCGCGCCUGCCUCGGCCUCCCUGCCGAGAACUACAUGCAGCUCGAGAACAAGCUCGCGAGCGAAAUCAACAAGCGCCUCUAACUUCUCGGAUAGGAUAUAUGGUUCAUACAUAUUUUUAUUUCCACUUUGCA